AUGUCUACUUGUCAAUCAAUAUUGUUUUAUUCCUUUUUUAAAACACUGGUUGACCAAAAAGUAACUGUAGAAUUAAAGAACGAUUUGGCCAUCACUGGCACGUUAAAAUCAGUAGAUCAGUUUUUAAAUAUCAAGCUGGACAAUAUUCAUGUCGUCGAUGAAGAAAGAUAUCCACACAUGGCUUGUGUCAAGAACUGUUUUAUCAGAGGAUCCGUCGUUCGAUAUGUCCAACUUCCUGCUCAAGCAGUUGAUACAGCUCUCUUACAAGACGCAGCCAGAAGAGAAGCAGCUCAGCCAUCCACUGCUCAACAAGCUAAUGUAAAAGUAAAAUAA